UUGUUGUGUAAACUGAGUGUAGACAUAGUAUCGUCACAAUAUGAUAACAAGUAUCAUUUCGCCCCUACAAGUAGUCGCGUAGCUUCUACAUCGUCGGAGUAGAGUAAUCGUCGGUCAAGAGUGUUUGUGUUAAUACUUAGUAGGUACCUGAGUACGUUCCAAAAUGGUAGUUCAACGGCAGCUGAGCAGUUUCGUCUCCAUGUACCUGGAAGAUGUGACGUCACGAGUGGUAGCACGGUCCGGCCGGCCCGAGGACCGCUUCCACCUCGGCAAGAUCAUACUGGAGACUCUGAGGACCGCGCCGGAUAUGGACUUGCAGAUUGAUGCGGCCACCGGCGAAUCAGAGUCCUUCCAAUCAGUGUUGAGCAGAUCAGUUCGGUUCGCGCGCUACCUCCGCGCCGCCUCCUACGCUCCUGGUGACGUCAUCGCGCUGAUGGCCCCCAACCACCUGGACCUCACCGUGGCGAUAUACGCCGCCAUGUUCAAUGGCUUGGCGGUCGCUGCUUUGGAAAAUAUGUCUGGAGUUGGUGAACUGAAGAAUACUUUCAGUGCAACAGAGCCAAAGUUAGUGGUUUGUCAACACGAUAAAGAGAAAGAUGUGAAAGAAGCGCUACAGAAAGCAAACGUUAAAGCCAAUAUCAUCACCUUCGGCGGUGGGAAAAACCAUUUUACUGAUCUAUUCCAAAAUGUGGAAGCAAACUUGGAUGAUUUCACUGUUACUGACGUGGACACGGCGGAAAACAUAUGCUUUUUGGUGCCGACCAGUGGCACAACAGGAGUGCCCAAGAGUGCAGCUGUUAGUCAUAAGAACACUGUCAUCCACUUACCAAUUUGGCUGGGCAUGUACGACUCUUUCCCUUCGCCAACGAAGAUGAUCUUCCACCUGUCCCCCCUGCAGUGGGUCACCGGCAUCAUGAACUACCUGCUCUCGGCCAUAUUCCACGUCACCAGGGUGCAGACCUCUGGUCCAGGCACCGUUGAGCACUACCGCAGUAUUAUCAACAAAUACAAGCCGUCGUUCAUGAUCUGCAGUCCCACGAUGAUGACGUCGAUGGUGAAGCAUGGGGGCGGGGACUCGUGUGACUUCUCUUGUUUAGAAGUGAUCGCACUGGGCGGCAGUGCUGUGACCAAGGACAUCGGCCAAGAACUCAAGCGUCAUGCACCUAACGCUCACCUGUUUCCAAUCUACGGGUUGACCGAAAUAGGAAUGGCACUCUGUGGUGUAUACGAUAUUAACAAGCCUGUAUCUUUUAAAGAUUGCGGAAUAUUGAAAUUUAGAUUGGUAGACCCCGAUACUGGAAAGGACGUUUGUGAACCAUUUAAGAAGGGAGAGUUGUGGGCCACAGGACCUUCUGUUUUCAAGGGAUAUUACAACAGGCCUGACGCUACCAAAGAGACGUUUAGUGAAGACGGCUGGCUCAAGACUGGAGACAUCUUUCACAGGGAUGACGAUUUCAACUACUUCUUCCUGGAUCGCAUGAAAAUGCUCCUGAAAUACAGAAACUAUCAGAUAUCCCCAGUGGAAGUGGAGGCGGUGAUCCGGCAGCACGCGGGGGUGUCCGACGCCGGCGUGGCGGGGGUGCCCGACAGCGAGUGCGGGGAGCUGCCGGUGGCCUGCGUGGUGAAGAGGCCCGGAGCCUCCGUCACUGCACAGGAGAUCAAGGAUCUCGUCAAGAGCUCAUUGCAAGACUCGAAGCAGCUGCGAGGCGGUGUGAUCUUCGUGGAGUCGCUGCCUAUGACCGCCUCGACCAAGGUCAAUAGGAAGAAGCUGAAGGAAAUGGUCUGCACUUUGCCAAGAGAAUAAAUUAUUAUUGACUGAAA